AUGUCAUCUUCAUCUCUGGCAGAACAAGAGAACGAAAUGUUGUUGUACUCGUACAACCAUGUCAUGCACGGCUUCAGUGCCAGGCUCACAGUUUCUCAACUGUCCAAAUUGGAGAAAUCUCCAGCUCAUGUUGCUACAUACCCGGAGUCUUUUGGCAAGCUCUUCACAACACACAGCUCCAAGUUUCUAGGACUAAGACAGAACUCUGGCUUAUUGCUUGCUUCCUCAUCUGGCCAAGAUGUGAUCAUAGGAAUCAUAGAUACCGGAGUUUGGCCAGAGAGCGAGAGUUUUAGUGAUAGAGGAAUGUCUGAAGUGCCAAAAAGAUGGAAAGGCACUUGCGAGAAUGGAACAGAUUUCAGCCCAUCUCUCUGCAACAACAAGCUCAUUGGGGCUCGAUCCUUUAGCAAAGGCCUGAAAGCAGCAGGAAUUAAAAUCUCCACAAAAUAUGACUUUGAUUCACCACGGGACUGGUUUGGUCAUGGAAGUCACACUUCGUCAACAGCUGCAGGUAACCAUGUACCCGGCGCAAGUCAUUUCGGAUAUGCAAAAGGCACAGCAAGAGGGGUGGCACCACGAGCCCAUGUUGCCAUGUACAAGGUCCUGUGGGCAACAGACUCGGAAAAAAGUGCAGCUAGUGAUGUGCUUGCAGGCAUGGACCAAGCAAUUUCUGAUGGUGUUGAUAUAAUGUCACUGUCUCUUGGCUUUGACUUCCUUCCUUAUUUCAACGAUGUCAUUGCCAUUGCUUCUCUUUCAGCAAUUGAAAAGGGAAUUGUUGUGGUCUGUGCUGCUGGAAAUGACGGGGCUUACAAUACAACAUACAACGGAGCACCCUGGAUCACAACAGUAGGGGCCGGCACUCUUGAUCGCACUUUCACUGCAACACUGACUUUAGAUAAUGGUUUGACAGUUGAAGGAACAUCAUACUUCCCAGAGAGCGUUUACAUUACUGAUGCGCCAUUGUACUACGGCAAAGACAAUGCAAACAAAGCAAUAUGCAAUAUUGGGGCACUGGAUCAUAAAGAAGUGAAGGGAAAGGUGGUCAUCUGUGAGAAUACCACUGAGACUGAUGUGGAAGGACAAAAGGAAGAGGUACAGAGGGCAGGUGGUUAUGCUGGAAUCUUCAUGACAGAUCUCUCAUUUUUAGACCCAGAAGACUUCUCCAUUCCUGCUAUCAUUGUUCCAUUUGCUGCAGGGGCCUUGAUUAGAGAGUAUGCAACACAGGCCAAUGCAACUCGAGUUAAGACCCUGAGUUUUGUGCACACAAAUUUGGGUACAAAACCAUCACCGGAAGUAGCGUAUUUCUCUUCAAGAGGACCAGACCCAGUCACUCCGGGUAUCCUAAAACCAGACGUUCUUGCUCCAGGAGUCGACGUGCUGGCUGCAUAUAUACCUAACAGGGGGUUCAUGGAAGUACACAAGUAUGAUUUAGAGACAGAUUAUGCACUAUUAUCAGGGACAUCAAUGGCAGCACCCCAUGUUGCCGGAGUGGCGGCUCUGCUGAAGGCUGUUCACCGAGAAUGGAGUCCGGCAGCCAUCCGAUCGGCCAUCAUGACCACAGCAUACUCGAGCGACAAUUCUCAAACCACCAUAAAAGACCAAUGGUCUGGUCUUCCCGCCACUCCUUUAGAUUUUGGUGCGGGCCACAUCAACCCAAACAAAGCCAUGAACCCUGGACUAAUCUAUGACAUGGAUGUGCAGGAUUACAUUGAGUUUCUAUGUGGCCUUGGGUAUAAUGCCAAGCAAAUGAAAGCUGUUAUCAGACGAAGCCAGUGGUAUUGCAGCUCAAAACCUGCCGAACUAAACUACCCUUCUUUCAUGGCCAUUUUUAACAGAACAGACUCUCCGAAUGCCAAGAACUUCAGCAGGGUUGUGACAAACGUAGGGGAUGAUACAUCAACCUACCAAGCAUAUUUAGAAGUUCCAAAAGGAAUGAGGAUUACAGUACAGCCUAGUACCCUAGUAUUCACAGGUAAAAACCAAGAGCAGGGUUUCACUUUGAGCGUAGAGGUCGAUAGCGAUGCCCCGAAUGUGAUCUAUGGUUAUCUAGCAUGGAUUGACCAGUAUAACCACAUAGUAUCAAGCCCUGUAGUAGCAAUUAACUACUAG